AUGGCUGAACUCAUAACGCAUAUAUGGCAAGCACUACAGGAGCUAAAGGAUUCAAAGGACACAUGUAACCAGUUACUACAGGAACGAGAUGAAAGUGAAGAAGAAAUCAAACGUAUUAUUGGUCGGAACUCACAACUGAAGAGUGAGCUUGGUGAACUGCAUACUGAGCAUAUAGAAGUAAUGCAUCAAAGGGACCAUUUUAAGGAUGCGCUCAGUACUCUCAAAGAAGAAUUAAAUACUCAUGAGAGGGUACUCAACCGCAUCACAGAACUGGAACAGGAGCUCAACUUGGCCAAUAAUAAAAUAGAACUACUGCUCAAACAACAAAAAGAACAUGAAGCAGAAUACACCCAAAGUCUUUUUGAAGAACUGGUAGCAUCACCUGGAGAGUUCCACAAACAUGAGAAGGAGAAUGUGAGUCGACUCAACUGUCAUGAUCCAGCUAGCAUCAGUGUGGCGGAGAGGAUGUGA